UUAUUACGCAACUUAGAUAGAGCUUGUCAAAAUGUAAACAAAAUGUUAAAAUUGUUGCAAAAGUAAUUAUUUCUCAAUUGAAGUGAAUUGACAGCCAGUUCCCAGCGAUGUCAAGCGAAGAAGGCGUUCGUGCGACGAACGAUGACGCGGCCCAGUGUAAGAGAUACGCCGUAGAUAAGGGGUACUGGCAGGAUCCCUACAUCAAGCUGUUCACCUCCAGAGGGCAGCAGAAUCACGCUCCAGAGAUCAGCAUUGGCUACUAUGCACGUGUGAAGGGGCUUAGGAUGAUUCUUGAGAAGUUUUUAACUGUAACAGACGGGAAGUGUCAAAUAGUAAGCAUCGGGGCCGGCUUUGAUACUCUCUUUUGGAAUCUGAAGGACGCUGGUAUAAAUGUCACCUCCUUCAUUGAGGUUGAUUUCUCCGCAGUAACCUCCAGAAAAAUCCACAGUAUUCGCAGAUCCCAGGUCUUGCUCCAGAAAAUCACUAACGAAGACGAAGAAAUCAGAUUCAGCACUACAGAUCUUCAUGGAAAGGAUUACCACUUGGUGGCUGCUAACCUGAAGAAUCUCAAAGACUUUAAUAAGAAGCUGGGCGAGUGUGGCAUUGAUAAAACUUUACCUACAAUAUUUAUUGCGGAAUGUGUCCUGGUGUACAUUGAGAAAGACUGUACAGAUGCAUUGUUGAAAUGGACAGUGGACAACUUUAGUACAGUGUUUUUUGUUAAUUAUGAACAGGUGAACAUGGGAGACAAAUUUGGUGAGGUGAUGAUGGAGAACCUACGUUCCCGGGAGUGUAUGCUCCAUACAGAGUACUGCGCCAGUAUAGAUACACAGAUUCAAAGGAUGUCUAGUCAGGGGUUUGAGGGUGCUGAUGCCAUGGAGAUGAGGCAUGUUCUAUACCGACUUCCACAGAAUGACGUCAUGAGGAUCCAACGGAUCGAGUUCCUUGACGAACAAGAACUUCUAGAACAGCUGAUGAGUCACUACUGUUACUGCUGGGCGUACAAAGACCCCAAUAAAAUAGGGCUCGGCGACAUUGGGCUCUAAUCCUUGAGUUGUUUAAACAUUGGAAUAUACUGUUGAUUGUGUUAAUUUAAUGAGAGCCUGUUUUCAGAAUUUUUUUUAUAGUUUUGUCAAUUUUGUAUGAAGCAUUAUUUAUUUAUUGUGAAACGUCUGGACAAAUUCAUAUUUUGCUAGGUUUAAAUUGCACUACCAAAUAAUUUUAUGAUUAUUUUGAAAUAUUUGUAAGAUAGCUCUUGCCAACAUCUAACUUCAAUCCUUUGAUUGUUAACCUGUUAGUUAUCAUUGAAAUAACCAGUACAUGUAGUUAGAGAUUAUCAUUAUUUGACUGUCACUCAUGAUUUUAAGUGUGUGUGAAAUCAGAGUCCAUUAGACUUUACCUUCCAACAUCACAUUCUAUUUAUUUUAUCUUCCUGACUGUUAUUAACUGAUGAUUGAGCAACUUCGUAAUAUGUAGUACUGCUUCUCCUUGACAUGUACACAGACACCAUAAAUUGAGUCAUGAACACCAAAACAAUGUUUCGCUGUCAUUUUUAAUUUUCCUUAUGUUUAUUGUACUUUCUGCGUUUUUUCUAUGCGAUGUUUGAAUUUUUAAUAUUGAUAUUGACGUUGUCACAAUUGAAAUAUAUUUCCUAACCUUCAUGUCUUCUCAAUUACUGCUGACCCAAAUAAUAUUGGCAUAAAGAGAAAGGGAGAAGGAAGUACUCAAAAUACAUAGGUGAAAUUAAAUUAAACAAUUUGAAAAUACUGAUAGUUAAACCCCGUUGGCUCAACUCCCUGGCGCCAGGGAAAAUACCUCGAGCCUCGGAAAAUUUGAGCCAAGCAGGAAUGUUAACCUUCAGUAUAAAGGAAUCAGUCCUUUACAUCCAGUUCAAGCUCAUGAGGAAUUCAACCCAAGCAAGUAGUAGCCAACAGGGUUUGACUGUGGGUAUUUCGAUUCUGAAAUGCACUUUCAAAUUCAUUUUUACUACUGAAAACUUUCACCUAUGAAGCUAUUUUUCUUCUUUGUCUUUUCAAUCCAUGAUGCAUAUGUAUUACUUUAAUUGAUAUAAUUUUUUACAUUCCCUGUGAAAUUGAAUAGGUUGAAACAGAUGUUUUCAUUUUGCUACUAUCCCAGUGUGUGGUUAUUUUUUGUAACUAGUAAUGGCAUGUUUAAAAGGACAGUGCCAGAUUUGUUUUAAAUCUUUGUUGUAAUGCAGUAAUUUUACUUACUUUUAUUAUCAUCAAACAGUAACUGGCGAAUACUCAUUUGAACAAAAUUUUGUAUAUCCAAGCCUAAAAUAAUUCAUUUUUCAAAAAUUGUAACUAACAUGUUCUCGAAAAUGUGGUAUUUUCUUUCACAUUCUUAUUUAUAAUUAUUAGCUAUAGAACGUAAUUUUAAAGUUUUGGUUCUGUUUCAUCAUUUCAAUAAGCAUUUUUGUGUAAAUUUCACACCAAUAUAUUAUUUUUUUUAUUUUCAAUACUGUAUAUAUCCUAUUAGAUGCCCCUGUUAGUGUCUUUGAAAAUUCUGCGUGCUUAAAAUGAACCAUUUUCCCCGAUUCAGCAACUUUUUAAAUUCUGCAAACAAAAACAUGAACUGCAUGUGAGCCAUAAACAUUCUUUGCUGUGUAAAUCUAUAAAAGGGUCCACUCAAUCCAUGGCUUAUAUAUAUUAUUGCACAUUUGAGCAACAUUUUUGCUACUGUCUGUGUAUAAUAGGGUUUGGAUUUUUUUGUAACUGCAUGAAUUUAACAUGUGCCCCAAAAUGACAGUUGUAAGAAUGCUUUUAUCAGAAUUUUUCAUGAAUUUGGAGUUUUUAGGUUAAGGUAUUAUUUGGUUAUGUCACAAAAUGAGAAAAUAGACCCACGAAAAUACCCCAACGCAACCACUAGGGCAUGCAGGUUUAAUAGGACAUGCACGGUAUCUAACACUUUAAAACAUGAACAACUCCCUUUAAAAAUUUGUGCUACAUUGUAAUGCAGAAUAUGAAGCAAAUCUUCACAUUCAUAGUCCCCGCCAAUUGAAAUGAAAUGUUUUAAACACCCAUUCCCAAUCAUCAGAGGGCAUAGCAUUAUCAUAUUAUAUAGUGUAUGAAAAACCAAUACCAAAAGCCAGUAAUUAUACAAUCUUUGUUUUGGGACGUUAUAAGUAAAUUAAAAGCGCUUUUCACUACCAGCGAGAUAACAAUUGACCUUACAAAAAAGUAACUCGGCGCCUGGUCAGGUUCCAAGCUGUUUGCCACUCAGUCAAUAUAUGCCCAAAGUUUUAAGUAAAUUGAAAGAAAUUUAGAAUAAACCAGACAACAUAAAGUAUUGUGGUAUCUAAAGCAUUUUGUUUACCCGCACAAGUAUGAGAUUAAUAAAGUAGUUAUUUAAUUUAGCCUCAACUUUUUAUUACACGAAUAACCAACAUAGUGUGAUAUGCAUGUUAACUUUGCAUGAUAUACAUGUUAACUUUGCAUGGUAAACAUGUAUACUGGGUGGUAUCCAUGUUAAAAAUGAAACAUGUAAAUUUUGCCAUAAAAAUCAUGUAUGAUAACUUUGUGUGGUAAACAUGCUGUGUUUGUUUUGUUUUUGUUACUUGCUGUGCUAACAUUUCAAGUUUAUCAUGUUAACCAGCUGCAUUUGCAUAACAAUGUAGUCUCGUUUUUAACGAAAAUAAAGCUUUGCAAAUUCA